UCGGUGCGCCCGCGAUCCUCUCCAAUUCCACGGACAUGGUGCCUCGACCGUGCGCCCAGCCGUCAGUGGAGGAGCAGAGCGCAACGUAACCACGGCUGAAACACCGAGCCUAGCUGUACAUUUGAAUAUUUACUUGUUGGGGCUGCUGUGCCUUUAUGUGGCGCGUAGGCACGGUCACUAAGCGUUGUUUUUGUUCUUGGGGGAGUUGUAAAAGUAUGAUGGUACAGUGUACAUUAUGAACGAACAAAGCUGAUAAAUUACAUAAAUCUACCAAGAUUCGGUUCCACUUGACUCAAACUAGCAGCAAGGAUAUUUAAGGUGUGUUAGCCGAGGUGAAUUUGUAAAAAAAAAUGGGCGAUAACCAGGAUUUUCAGCUGGCGAAAAUAGAUCAUGUCGAACUACUUUCGUCACAGUCUGGCACCUUGUACCAGUCGAGAGAACUCACCGAUGUUACUUUUAUCGUUGAGAAAACUAAAUUUACGGCGCACAGAGUUAUUCUUGCCGCAAGGAGUGAGUACUUCAGGGCACUGUUAUUCGGAGGAAUGAGAGAAGCAAACCCAGGCAUAGAGAUCGAAGUUGCUGAUGCUUCGAGUAUUGCAUUUGAUGCCUUAUUGCGCUAUAUCUACACAGGGAAAAUGUUUCUCGCUGAGUAUAGAGAAGAAAUAGUGAUGGAAUUACUAGGACUAGCACAUAAGUACGGGUUUCUUGCGUUAGAAAGUGCCAUUCAGGGAUACUUGAAAGCCAUCCUGGACGUUAAAAAUGUUUGUUUGAUAUUUGACAUGGCGUCUUUAUACCAACUCAAGGACUUGUACGAAACAUGUCUGGAAUUUCUGGAUGCGAACGCUAUUGAGGUGAUCGCGUCUGAAUCAUUCUCAAUGCUUUCUAGAACAUCUCUAAUUGAUAUUAUCAAAAGAGACUCGUUUUGUGCGCCAGAGGUGCAAAUAUUCCGAGCUGUUUCUGAUUGGAUCGAAGUCAAUAAAGAUUCGAAGGAGGAGGACAUAGAGUCGGUUUUACAAUGUGUUCGUUUGACCCAGAUAAGCUUACAUGAGCUAUUUCACACAGUGCGACCAACGAAACUUUACAGUGCAGAUGCUAUAUUGGACUCUAUCAAGAUCAAAACUGAAAGCCGAGUCAGUGAGAUGAAUUUCCGUGGCCAUCUUGUAAAAGAUGAGAACAUUGCCACCUCAAGUUAUGGGACAGAUGUUAUUGAAGGAGAAAAACGUGAUGGUCUAUUGGACAAUGAGUCACUGAAUUAUGACCUGGACAGAGGCUUUUCCCGUCACCUCAUAGCGGAUGGUGACAAGGGGAUCUGUAUUGCUUUAGGGCGUCCCAGUAUUAUCAACACUAUCAGGAUGCUGUUAUGGGAUAGAGAUCUCCGGUCAUACUCCUACUAUAUUGAGGUGUCCAUUGAUAAUCAAGAUUGGGUCACUGUAAUUGAUUACUCCAAGUAUUUAUGUAGAUCCUGGCAAAUUCUCCACUUUGCGCCAAGGGUUGUCAGAUAUAUCCGCAUCAUUGGCACAUACAACAGCGUGAAUAAAGUCUUUCAUCUGGUUCACUUUGAAUGCAUGUACAGCACUGGGUCAUUUAAGCUCAGUGAUAAUGGUAUAAUAGUUCCGUCAGACAAUGUAGCCGUCCCCACUGCUAGUGCCAGUGUGAUCGAGGGAGUCAGUAGAAGCUGGAAUGCGCUGCUUAACGGUGAAACCAAGUGUUAUGAUUGGAACUCUGGCUACACUUGCCACCAAGUUGGGAGUGGGUCCAUUGUGGUGCAGCUUGCUCAACCUUAUUUUAUCGGCUCUAUGAGGUUACUGCUGUGGGAUUGUGAUGACCGUUGCUAUAGUUACUAUAUUGAGGUAUCCACUGAUCGGCAGCACUGGACGAAAGUUGUUGACAAAUCCAAUGAACAGUGCAGGGCGUGGCAGCACCUCGAGUUCAAGCCUCUACCUAUGACCUUUAUCCGUAUAGUCGGCACCCAUAACACAGCUAACGAGGUGUUCCACUGUGUGCACUUUGAAUGCCCUUCCACAAUCUCCAAUACUGAAAACUGUAACGAGAUCACAGAGUACAAUCAUCAGGAUCGAACAAACUGUGCUUGUCACUGACAAAUAAGCGCAAUAAUUUGGGACAGGCAACAUUCACACAAUUAAAAUAAGGACAGUAGGGACAUGCGCUAAGAGAUCACGUGAUUGUUUGGGUAGCAAACUACCGCGCGCUCAGGCUUUUAGCACCAAAAUAAAAGCAACAAAAAUCAACUUAUUCAGCGCUUACCAAAAAAGCCAAAAUUUUUUUCAGAAAGGGUUUUGUUUCAUUUAAAGAUGUUAUUUUUUCGCCGUUGGCUGGUGUGACGAACGCAUUCAUUUCCGUGAUUAUUUUGGUUUGAAUUUGCCACCCAGAAAGGUCACGUGAUCUCUUAGUUCAAGUCCCCUAUUGAUGCAAGCUAGACCAAGAUGAUAAUCAUGUUGUGU